CACAAAAACCGGGGAAGUAAAUCCUUUCAUUCGCAAUUACAGUUUACAGCUUUCCCGUCGAGUAGUUGAAAAAAUAUGUCCGUUGCCUCCUGCACUAUCGCCGGUGGCUAUCACCACCACCACGAUAAUCUUACUUCUCACGGUGUUAGCAACUUUUCUUCACCAUCUUCAUCAUGUUAUCACCGCUGUAAUUUUCCUAUUAUGAUUCAAAGCAUAUCCACAGUCAGACCUCUCACUUUCAUCCUUAAUCGAAAUUCUGUUGCUGCCGCUGUAUCAUCAAGCAGUUCAACGAGAAAUAUUAGUAGUUCUACUAGCAAUGAUAGCAGUUUCACUUGGGAUGAUGUCUUUCAAAUAUCUCAACAGCGGAAUGUUUCAUCGGAUCUCAGUGGAUUCUUUCAGAAGAUCAAAUCAUGCAAUCGAGGCCGGGAAACGCGUUCUGAUUUCAUUCCCUUUGUCAUCGAGGACCAAAUUGUUGGCAAUGUUCAUAACGGUUUUCUUGACCAUUUAAGCAAGUUCAAGGACGUUUUCACUUACAUCAAAGGUGAUUCAUAUGGUAGUCAAUCUGGCCAUAUCACAUUACAAUCUGCAUUGAAAACACCUGAGCAUAGAACUGAAGCCCUUGGAAAUGUAAUCAAGUGCUUAGGUGAAGAAGUAAUUCCAGGUAUACGAAAUGAGCUAUAUCCUGUUACUUCAUCUUAUGGAGAACAAGUUUAUUUCUCACUGGAACGUGCAGCAGCACCUUACUUUGGGAUAAACGCUUAUGGAGUUCACAUGUGUGGAUAUGUUGAAAAAGAUGGAGAAAAAUACAUGUGGAUUGGGAAAAGAAGUGAAAUGAAACAAACCUACCCAGGAAUGCUUGACCAUCUUGUUGCUGGAGGAAUGCCCCAUGGAAUCUCACCUGGAGAUAAUCUUGUGAAGGAAUGUGAGGAAGAAGCAGGAAUCCCAAGUUCCAUUUCUACAAGAGCUAUACCAGUUGGUGUAGUCUCCUACAUGGACAUUGAAGGUUAUAGAUUCAAGAGAGAUGUUUUAUUUUGUUAUGAUCUAAAGCUUCCGGAAACUUUCGUUCCCAACAAUCAGGAUGGAGAAGUGGGAAGCUUUAAACUACUCCCUGUAACACUUGUUGCUGACGUCAUCAGAAAUACAAAUUUCUUCAAAGCAAAUUGCAAUCUAGUCAUCAUUGAUUUCCUUUUCAGACAUGGGUUCAUUAAACCCGAAGAGGUUGGGUACUUGAAGCUGUUACAAAGCUUGAGAAGUGGAGAUUGUUCCUAAAAUAAAAACAAGGUUGGGCAAAGAAAAACAUAAUACAAACAAAAAUGAUUACAUGAUAUCAAAAGGAGAGCAAACUCAAACCGCAUAUUUACAAUUCCGUAAUUACCCUUAUGUUUGAUCCAAUCAAACACCAUAGCGAGCAUACUAUCCAUCGACAUGGAAAUAGAAGCACUCAGAUUAUUAAAAAUGUUGUUGUUUCUCGCUUUCCAAAUACACCAUAAGAAAACAUAUAUGAUGGCUAACAAAAUCCACCUUAAGGAAUUUUCCACCUGAGGACAACUUAGAAAAAAAUGAUUGGAAUCAUCGAUUCCACCAUUGCAAAACUGACAGAAGAUGUUCAAGAUAGAAAUACCCUUUCGAGCAAGAGUCACAGCCGAAGGAAGCCUAUCAAUACAAGCCUUCCAAACAAAGACAAUAAUUUUCAACGAGAUCAACGUUAACCAAAGAGUCAGAUUGGACAUAAGAACAAUAAGCUUAGAAUCGAUUAUGACACGCAAAUCAUGAACGGAAAAGUUCCCCAUUAGGAGAGAGCUUUGAUUUCCAAAUAUUCGUCUCUUUACUCAAAACCAUCUCAUCUGUGCAGCCCCUUAAACCUCUUAAUUCCGCAAUUUCAAUAUAGCUACUAAGAAUUCUUUUCCAAUACUUGACAAAUCUAUUAUUCAAUAUUUUCUCCUCGAUAUAACAUGAUUUUUUUUCUUAUCAAGGGCAAAAAGAGAUGGAUAUCAUGCAACCAAAGAACCACAACCUAUCCAAUUGUCUAACUAAAACAAAGUAGAAUUACCGGAACCAACAUGUAUUUGAAAAAUUGAAGAAACGUCAAUUCCAACCUCCUCCACCACACGGGCCACCUUAACAAAAUUAAACUAGAUUCCAAGAAUCGAUUUUUUGGCGAGACCGUCAAUAGGUUUUCUUUUGUUGUGAAUGCCACAAAUGACUCGCUUCCAUAGAGACACAAAGUCACAUUUAAACUGCGAAAGCUAUUUGUAUAUCAAAGCCCACUUCAAUGAAUCAAGGGAGCCCACCCCGAGACCACUUUGAUAGUUAGGCUCAAGAAUCACCUUCCAGACCACCCAAUUGAUUUUAUUUUUUCUUUCAUUCCCUCCUCAAAAAAAGCGUCUGCAAAUCUUCUCAAGAUGCUCAAUAAACCUUUGCAGGUUUAUUAAUUCUAUAUUUCCAACACUAUUGUUCUCUUACAAAUGGACUCUUUCUAUAAUUCUGAUGCUACACGGGUACAAUUAUGUAAUUUUAUUUUACACAUAGGACUAUUUAUGUGUUACAGAGGGGCUAUUUAUGUCAUUUUGCUUUACAAUGACCAUUUCUAUAAUAUUUCUAUUACAUAGGAACUAUUACUGUGAAGUUAUCUUACACAUGGACCGUUAUUGUAACUUUUACUUACACAUGGACCAUUUCUGUAAUUUUUCUAUUACAUGGGACCCAUUUCUGAUAACUUCGUGAGUUUUCUCGAACAAAGAUAUUGUUGUAAAUGAUUGAAUGAAC